AUGAAUUUUAUUUUCCAUAUCCUACUUCUCAGCGCGGCCAUCGCCGCGGUAACGGUAGAUGCCACCUGCAUGGGUAUCAACGAUUGUCCGGCAAACCAUGACUGUAUGCGUCUACAGUGCGUGGAACAGAAAAAGUGCGAAGAACAACACGACUGUCCCGAUUUCCAUCUUUGCCGUGGCGGUCGGUGUGUGUGGCCGCGCACAGAAUGUGCGGCCGGGAGCUGCGACCAGUUCCAUCACUGCUGUGCUCCAUCUGCCGAAUCAAAGUUCCAUUACUGCACCCCGAACGAACACACCUGCAAG